AUGGCCAGACGUCUUUACCUCGGCAGACUUCCUCCUGAUGCUCGUUCUGAUGAUGUAGCAAAAUUCUUCGACGGCUAUGGUCGCAUUGUUGAUUGUCGCGUCAUGACUGGUUCGUCCGACAAACGGCGCUCAGCAAACCCCGGGCUCACAGCACCUUCCUCAGGCUUUGGCUUCGUCGAAUUUGAAAACUCAAAGGAUGCUGAGGAUGCAGUGCACCAUUUCAAUGGAAAACCGUUCAUGGGCGUCAACAUUGUUGUUGAAUUUGCCAAGGAGAGCCGCCCACGACGAGAUGUGUAUGAGGGAGGAGGAGAGCGAGGAUUUGGUUCUGCACGCUCACGAAGGCCUCCUGGUAUCCGUCUGAUUGUAUCUGGGAUUUCUCGCGACACAAGCUGGCAGGAUUUGAAAGAUUUCGGUCGUGAAGCUGGAAGUGUUUCAUUUGCAGACAUCGACCGUGAUUUCCCCGGCCAAGGGAUCCUAGAAUACCUAUCCCGUGAUGAUGCUGAUCGCGCUGUCAAGGAUCUGGACGGUAAGGACCUUCGUGGUAGGCCUGUCCGGGUCGCUCUAGAUGAUUCUCGUGGAGGUGUCGAUAAUUACAGACGCGAUGAUCGUCGUGAUGAGCGACCUCGCGAGGAUCGGUAUAGAGACGACCGUUAUCACAGAGAAGACCGCUCGGGUUACCGCCGUGACCGCUCGAGAUCGCCUCCACGUCGUGCUGAAUUUGAAGAUCGUCGCCCCAGGUCUCCCCCUCCCAGCAGGAGGGAUCAUGAGGAAAGAAGGCCUGCAGGGUACGAUGAUUACCGGCGGGGAGGCUAUGAUGAUGACCGUAAAGGGCCUGAUUAUUAUUAUGACCGUCGCAGGGAUGAUGUGGACAGACGCCGAGACGACCGUAGUCGGCGCGAAGAAAAAGACGAGCGAUACGAAGAAAGAGCCGUUAGACACACGAACGGAAACGGAGAUGCUGGGUGGAGUCGCUGA